AUGGCUAAAGAUAUGAUCUCUUAUAUGAAAGAUGAUUUGAAUACUAAAUUUUGGGUGAAUUUCCAACUGAAAGAAGGCAUAGUUACGAAGUUUCAGGAGAUGAAGGUAGAAGCCGGGAAAACUAAAACGUUCGACGAAAUUGACCAAGAUUAUAAAGAUCUGGUUAUUAACGAUAACGAUUCCUACUACAAGAAUAUCGACGAUCUCAAAAAAUUCCACAAAAGCCGAUUGGCCAAGAAAUGGAGAGGCGAGGAUAUCAUAGGACAUGAUUGGAAUCAGGUAGAUGUCACAUACAUAAAAGAGUUGAAUACUUUGCGGAUACCAAUUACCAUGAUGAGAGAUCCUAGUUUUACAGCUAAAAUGUCGGAUUCAGGUAAAUACGGAAUAAUGGGAUACAAAAUUGCUGCAGAAUUGAUUGAGGCUUCGGGAAUUUUCGACCCGUUAAAUGUAUAUCAAGAUCACGUCGAUAAUGAGACAAAAGAAUUGAUGGAUUGUGUUAAAGAUAUCAGAGAUGAAGAAAUAAUGCAUGAUGAACUACCGACGAUUUCUCUACAGAUGAUAAGGUUAUCAAUGUUUACUCAAGGAUUAGCCUUGAAAUACGCAUCUAAAAUGUUUAAGGGUUUUUCGAACAAAAAGAAAUUGAUCGGAUUUACUAACGAAUAUCAGGAGUUUUUCACUGUGCAUGCGCAGUCACAUUGCCUCAAUGUCGGUUUCCAAAGCAAUCACAGAGAUAAGGAACUGGCCAAAUAUGAACUCAAUCAAAUGCUAAGGCACAAUACAGAGUAUCAGGAAGCCUUCGGGUGCAAACGUGGCGACAAUAUGGUGGCCGAUAAAAUAUGCGAAUUUUUUCCCCUGAGCUAGAAUCAAAAUAAUCGAG